ACCAGCCCUUUGCAGCCGGUUUCUUCGUGCUGGAAACCUAAGAAGUCUUUGUGGGGUUCAGCCACCGGAAGCCUGUGUGGAGACCACACAGUUCUGAAUUCCUAAAGGAACUCUAUCCCCGCAGGAGAAGCAAAUAGCACUGCAGGGACUUGGCUACGCAGGCUACACCGCAGGCAUCCCUGUGCCUAAUGCACUGGGUUAUUUGUACCUCAGAAAUGUCUUUGGCCUAGUAUAGAAGUUCUCCGCUACAACAGAGUGAUCACUGAGGACCAUAAUUAAUUUUGUGCCCAGGCCUGGAUUCUGUCCAUCUCAGAAACAGCAUGGCUGCUCGCUCAAUGAGGCCAUGACCAUGCCUUUCUUCCUAGACAGACCCCACUAACUAGUUGCUUUGCUUUGCAGCAGCCAGCCUUGCCCUGGCUCUGAAUGGCGUCUUUACCAACACAAUAAAACUGAUCGUAGGGAGGUAAGUGACAAGAGCCAACCACCCCAGCAUCUGCCUCAGCCGUUACCCACCAGGACAGAGAGGUAAUGGUGUCCACCACAAGUCUGUCUUUAUCCUUUUCCCCUUUAUCUUCACUCUGCUUUCUUUUCUCAUUCAAUGCUUACUCCCUUCCCAGUACCUCAGUCCUCGAGGUGACACUUGGGCUCUUUUCUGCCCUGAACAGCAUUUCCCAACAGCCACAGCAGAGUGGGUCAGUGACCUCUUGAGCAUCUCCUGAAGCUGCAGUGUCAUUGGCUGUUUGCCCUAAAAAGCCACGCCCAGAUUUCUUCUACCGCUGCUUCCCUGAUGGGCUAGCCCAUUCUGACUUGAUGUGUACAGGGGAUAAGGACGUGGUGAAUGAGGGCCGAAAGAGCUUCCCUAGUGGACAUUCUUCCUUUGCAUUUGCUGGUCUGGCCUUUGCUUCCUUCUACCUGGCAGGGAAGUUACACUGCUUCACACCACAAGGCCGUGGGAAAUCUUGGAGGUUCUGUGCCUUUCUGUCACCUCUACUUUUUGCAGCUGUGAUUGCACUGUCCCGCACCUGUGACUACAAGCAUCACUGGCAAGAUGUACUCGUUGGCUCCAUGAUUGGAAUGACAUUUGCCUAUGUCUGCUACCGGCAGUAUUAUCCUCCUCUGACUGAUGCAGAAUGCCAUAAACCAUUUCAGGACAAACUUGCACUUUCUACUGCACUGAAGCAGCCUGGGGAUUCUUAUUGUUUUGAUAUCUAAAAAUUGAAUCUGGCCGGGCACAGUGACUCACGCCUAUAAUCCCAGCACUUCUUUGGGAGGCCUAGAAGGAUGGAUCACCUGAGGUCAGGAGUUCGGGACCAGCCUGGCCAACAUGAUGAAACCAUGUCUCUACUAAAAGUACAAAAAUUACCCAGGAGUGGUGGUACACCUGUAACUCCCAGCUACUUGAGAGGCUGAGGUGGGAGAUUUGCAUGAACCUGGGAGGCAGAGGCUGCAGUGAGCCGCACUACACUCCAGCCUAGGCAACAGAGUGACCCCAUCUCAAAAAAAAAAAAAUGAAUUUACCUCCAUGAAGAACAGGUGAACUAGCCCUCCAAACUGGACGAUGCACAAGACAAAAAAUUAUGGCCUUUUUUUCCCCUUCCAAGGUACAAGUGAGGACAUAAGCCACACUAUAUUCUGCCUUCAAAUGAUUACGCACUUUUGCCCCUGCUCACACAGCUCUAGGAGUCACAGCUCUUGUCAACUACUAUAUGCCACAUAUUCUAGUAAAGGGAUAUUUCUUUUUUUUUGAGUUGGAGUUUCACUUGUUAACCAGGCUGGAGUACAAUGGUGCGAUCUCGGCUCACCGCAACCUCCGCCUCCUGAGUUCAAGCAAUUCUCCUGCCUCAACCUCCCGAGUAGCUGGGAUUACAGGCGCACGCCACCAUGCCCGGCUAAUUUUUGUAUUUUUAGUAGAGACGGGGUUUCACCUUGUUGACCAGAAUGGUCUUGAUCUCUUGACCUCGUGAUCCACCCGCCUCGGCCUCCCAAAGUGCUGGGAUUAUAGGCGUGAGUUACCACGCCCAGCCAGUAAAGGGAUAUUUCAAAGGUAUCUAACAGCUUAUGAAUCUGGUCUAUCAGAUUGAUAUCCAAAGAUCUACAUAGUUUUAAAUUUAAUUUCCAUUUUGUAAAGCUCAAAAUCUUAAAAUCUAAGGCAUGACCAACUAAAUUACUUUGAUUCUGUUUAUCUUCUCUGAUGACAAUUCCAUCAAGCGUUAAAUAGGAAAAUGUCAAAUCUGGGGUAAUUUAUCACUUCUGUGUGUAUCUUGUUGGAGUCCAGCCAUCUGGUACUGCUGCACAUUUUGAACACCAUGGGCAUAAACAGUGUGUUGAAUUAUGAAGUAAACACCAUGAUAAAGAAGAAAAUGGUCAGGAGUAUGGUUUCAGUACUAACAGAUGAUUGUUUCUACCUCAUUUGACCAUAACUGUGCUCAUGAGCUUCUCUCCUUCCAUUCAUAAAUGAAGAUGUGCUCAAAUGCACCAACACUGCCAAGUGACAAAGAAAAGAAAAAUUAAGGCCAGGCGUGGUGGCUCAUGCCUGUGAUCCCAGCACUUUGGGAGGCCGAGGCGGGUGGAUCACGAGGUCAAGAGAUCAAGACCAUCCUGGUCAACAUGGUGAAACCCCGUCUCUACUAUAAAUACAAAAAAUUAGCUGGGCAUGGUGAUACGUGCCUGUAAUCCCAGCUACUCAGGAGCCUGAGGCAGGAGAAUUGCCUGAACCCAGGAGGCAGAGGUUGCGGUGAGCCAAGAUCACACCAUUGCACUCCAGCCUGGGUAACAAGAGUGAAACUCCAUCUCAAAAAAAAGAAAAGAAGAAUUACAGACAUCACCACCUGAAGGACAGAUGAAUUUUUUUCUGCCUCUUCUUCACAAUGGGAUAUAAGGAACAAUUACAGUGUGUCAUCAGAACUGAUGCCUACAGCUCUCUUUAUCAUGAUUAUACUUUAAAUAUGACCUUGUCUUUUAUCUGUAUCUUCCUAUAUUUUCAAUAUAUCUUUUUCCUUCAGUAAACCUGAUAUUCAAAUAAAA